AUGCCCUUUUCACUAGACAAGAUCUGGUGUUCAAGUGCUGCCAUGUUUCAACGGCAGAAUGGCGUGCCGUGGGGCCAUUCCUGGAGAUCCUCCGAUACUUGGAUCAUCAGUACGAUGAGUCUGGCCUUAUUCACCGAUGAACUGCUGUUUGCCUUCAUGAUACCGUUGCUACCUACGGUGCUGGAGCAUCGAAUUGGCUUGGCACCAUCUCUCACCCAGAGAUACACGUCAAUCUUCUUGACUGAAGGCGCCCUUGUGUCUGUGAUCUCAAGUCCAUUCAUUGGCUCAAUAGCCGAUGCAGUAUCUAGUAAAAAGACCCUGUUAUUGUCGAUCCUUGUACUGGCCUUGAUCAGUAUCGCUUGUCUCUCACUGACAACCAACUUGAUAUGGCUAUUUGUUGGUCGCUUCUUCCAAUGCCUUGCUAGCAAUGCUUUGUGGAUCGUAGGUAUGGCAACGAUGGCCGAAAAUAUUGGCUCUGAGCACAUGGGCAAGAUUGCCGGUCUAAGCUCCACGCUUACAGCGGCGGGCACCACUGCCGGACCUGUGGUCGCAGGUCUGUUGUUUGAAGUGGGAGGCUACUGGUGUGCAUGGGCAGGCGCGGCCAGCUUUCUCCUCGUCGAUAUUAUCAUGCGUCUCAUAAUGAUGGAAAAACCCGUCAAACCCCAGCGCGUGGCCGAAGACCUGGAGCGAGAGCCACUCUUGAAUGAUGAGACACCUGCUACCAAUGGCGAACAGCUCAAUCUUUCAACUUCUUCAGAGGUUCGAGGAUGGCAAUUUUACGCUUGUCUUUUUCGCGAAAUGCGUUUCUCCGCAGGGAUUUUCUGCUACUUUGUGUUUGCUUUACUGAUUGGCUGUUUCGAAAGUACCCUGGCGGUACAUGUGCGAACGGCAUUCGGUUGGAGAGCUCUUCACGUUGGCUUGCUGUUAGGAUUGAUUCAGGGACCUGGCAUGCUACUGGCAGCCCCCGUAGGUUGGAUGAAAGACAAGGUGGGAUCGCGGACUCCAACAAUGGUGGGGUUUUUCAGUCUGGUACCGUUCAUCAUACUUUUGGGAGUCCCUGGCGACAGUCGAUUCCAGUGGGUUGAAGCGCUUUCGGGGAAGAGCCUAUACGUUGUUUGCAUGACCUUGAUCGGAUGCCUGAUGUGCCUUCUCAAUGGAGUGGGGUCCAUGGAAGCAACUGAAACAAUUGAUGCUCUUGAAGCCCGUGAGCCGGGUAAAUUUGGCUCCAAUGGAGGUUAUUCUCGCGCUAUGGCCAUGACAAGUAUGACGUGGAUGGCUGGACUGAUGACCGGUCCACUGUUGGCGGAGAUUGUGGUGGAAACCUUUGGGUACUUUGAACUGCAGUGUUGUCUAGGUAAGUGGUCCACGAAAAUUCGAAAGAUAUGUUUACUCAUUUUACUAGGGGUCAUAUCCUUUGUAGCAGGCGUUAUUGCUUUGGUUUUCUUGGGUUCUCGGUCGAAGGACUCCGAGUAG